AUGCUGGUCCAGGCCCCAAUUUCGCUCGAUUAUACUCUGUAUGAUCUAUAUGCUGUCGACAAUGAUGGGAGCACUCGUCCAGUUUUGUUCUAUUAUCCGUUUGGAUUUAAAGCUGACGAAGGGUUACCUGUCAAAUUCGUCUAUAACUUCGGAUUAGAGACAGAGAUGAAGUCGACAGCUGAUCCUAAUGCUCUGAUGGAAAUGGUUGUAAGGGGCUUGGCUCAGCGAUAUGGCUUCUUCGCUGGCAAUCUUCACAUCAUUUUACCCACCUCAACUUUUGGAGAGAAAGGGGAGAGCCCGAAUCAAGUGGAACUCGAGAAGACUUUUUCGCAAAUAAAACACGACCAGUCGCCUAACUUGAGCUUCGUUACCAGCCCUGACGACAUCAUCUUGAGCCCUGAAACUGGAGUCGCAGUAGUGGUACCGACCGAUAGCAUAUUAAAACUCCCACAUGCGGUGGAUCCUGAUACUCAUUAUGAGCUCUUGUCAAAACGAGGACUGGCAUUUUCUGGGCUCCCAACGCCACCCACGGUUGUCAUUGAUGCAGAACUUGGCCCGGAUGAUGUCCAGGAUCCCCAACGGCUUCAGCAAGCGAUGCGUCGAAUGCUAGAGCCUCUCGACACCUACCAAAUCCCUUUUUUCGUCAAGCUCAAUCAAUCAGUUUCGGGAAAGGGCGUCUUUGCUGUAACAUCUGAGGCUCGCCGAGCACAGAUCAAGAAGAUUCUUGGUGUGCAGCUUCAAGAAAUGCUUGGGCAGAUCAAUCAAAUAAACACCCACCUAUACCCCAGCUCCUUUAUCUUACAAGACUAUAUCCCUGGCGAGGUGGUGGCUCUAUCUAUGUUUGUCACGCAAAAAGGCCAAGCGAUUUUCAACGCUUGCUGUCGACAACGGUUCGAUAGCAAAGGCUACUGGAUCGGGGGACAAAUUUCCUAUCCGGAUCAAGAGACAUUGAAGCGGAAGUACUUUGGAAUCAUGAACCAAAUCGCCGAAUUUUUGCACCAACGCGGCUACUAUGGACCAGCAGGCGCGGAUAUUGUGACAGGCGAUGACGGGAAGCAUUAUACAAUUGACCUGAAUGUUCGUGUUACUGGGACGCAUCCUCUAGGUCCACUUGCUGGGCAUUUUACACAGCGCGGUUUGACCAAUGCCACGAUAAUAACGGAAUAUUUCACAUGUUCAAGAUAUGACUUUGAAAGAGCAUUCAAAGCUGAAAUAGCAGAUGGAGCACUUAUUAUCUGCAGUUGGGUACGCGAUGAGGCCAUUGGACUGAGCCAUGGCGGCAUUACAAUAGGAGGAGCUGAUAAUGAAAAGCUAGAGAAAUUAAUGGCUAGAGUUCUAGCUCUCUCGGGCAUCCCAGAAGCUGUACCUGAUGAUUCGUAUUAA